CCCCGACCCCACGCCGCCUCGACAUGGAUUCUCCUGGCAAGACCGUGCUUGUCACCGGCGCCACUGGUCUUCUAGGUCGGGCCGUCGUCGCCGCUCUCGCCUCCUCCCCCCACGCUGUGGCGGCCACCGGCUGGUCGCGCGUGCCCGCGCCGGGCGACUCGCCCUUCCCCUCGGUCACCUGGCACAAGGCCGAUCUGACCGAUCCGGAUGCUCGCACCGCACUUUUGGCCGACGUCGCCCCGCACGCCAUCCUGCAUCUUGCUGCAGAGCGUCGUCCAGAUGCAUGCAAGGACCCGGACCGCCUCGCCGCCUUCAAUGUCGAGCUCCCGCGGGCUCUGGCCGAGCAUGCUGCCGCCUCGGGUGCCUGGCUGCUGUACAUCUCCACCGACUACGUCUUUCCGGGCUCGAAUCCGCCGUACGCCGAAGAUGCUACGCCGGCCCCGCUCAACGACUACGGCGUUUCCAAGGCAGCCGGUGAGGAUGCGGUCCGCCUCGCCGCUCCCGAGUGCGCCACCAUUCUCCGCGUCCCCAUCCUCUACGGCUCGAUCGAGUCGCUCGGAGAGUCGGCUCUCACCGCCAUCGCUGAGCCGCUCCGCGACCUUGAGCAUGACACCAGACCGCUGCUCAUCGACAAUUGGGCCGCCCGCUUCCCCACCCAUGUCGACGACGUCGCUCGCGUCAUCGCCGCCCUCCUCGCUCUGCCCGUCGCCGACCUCGCUGGCACCCUCCACUUUUCCGGCUCCGAGCAGACGACCAAGUACAAGGUCGCACUCCUCAUGCUGGACAUCUUGGGCCUCGCCGAGAGCCACAUCGCGCUCAUCGCUCCCAACCCGAACCCGCCUCCUGGCGCUCCUCGGCCGCAGAACGCACAGCUCUCCUGCGCCCGCCUUCUCGCGCUACUCAACGCCGCCGACCUAGCUGACCUUUCCACCCCGCUCAUUGAUGGCCUCACAGCCGCGCUACAGCCCUUUGCAUCCGAUUUCCGCCGCCCCGCCACCACCGCCACCGCCGAUCUGUCCUGA